UUGGCAGCAGCUUCUGUCAGGUAGAACGUGCAGCUGCAGAGGAUCGUCAGCGUCAGGAAGAGGUGCGCGAGGUGAGAGCAAGCUGGGACUGGCUGAAGGGACCGUUCAGCUAGCAGCAGAAUCAGCAACCCUGGGCACUACUUUACAGCAGCCUCCAAACUUUGUAGAGAGAAAACCGGCCCCUGUAGAUGUCGGGAGAGGUGCACCGAAAUGGAAAUUUCAGAACCGAAACGAAACCGAAAUAAAAAAAAAUGUCCGGCCGAAACCGAUACCGAAAAUUACUUCUCCCUGUCUUCUGGCGGGGGGUCUGCUGACAUCAACUGUCUAAUAGAAUGGAAGAGAUACAUGGAGGGAGUGAAGGCAGAACUUUUGGAGGACAUGAGCUCCCACCUGAACAUUCUCCUGGAUAAAGCUGCGUCAGAAGCCGUGGAGUACUACAAAAGAGAGAAUAAGACUGUAACAUCUGAUAUAAAUAAGAAACCCCAUGGGCCAGUCACAGAAAGAAAGAAGGUUUUUGUGCAUCGGGCAUCACUGCUGGAUGAUUUAAUGGAGAUUGAGCACUUCCGAACCAUAUACAACAUGUUUGUAGCUUUCGUCUGUGUAUUUUUGAUCAGUACAGUUGCUGUGGAUAGUAUUGACCGGGGGAGGUUAGUUCUGGAGUUUGAGGUUCUGUUUUAUACAUUUGGGCAGUUUGGGACUGUGGUUUGGUCAUGGAUCUGCAUGUUCUUAUACACCCUCUUGGUGCCAUACAAAGUGUUGUCUUUCUGGGGCUCCUUGUAUCCAAAGUCAAAGCAAAAGCUUCUGCUAUCUAUCUGUGUGGGGACAUUCCUGCUUGUGAGCCAUACAUGUGUUCUGUGUGUUUUUCCCGUCUACGUGGUCAUACAUUACCGUCUACCUCCAGCAUCGAGCUUCAUUGUCCUCCUGGAACAGGUUCGAUUCUUGAUGAAAAGUUAUUCUUUUCUUAGAGAGACAGUCCCAAUAGUGCUACAGGAUGAAAGUAAAGAGAAAUAUGCCAAGAUACCUGCGCUUUCCAGUUAUCUUUACUUUCUCUUCUGUCCAACACUGGUUUAUAGAGAGAGUUAUCCCAGAACACCGUACAUCAGGUGGAAUUAUGUGGCGAAGAACUUUGCCCAGUUCCUGGGCUGUGUGUUUCUUCUGUACUAUAUCGGGGAUACCCUGUGCUUCCCAGUAUUUAAAAACAUGAACAAGCAGCCACUCAGUAUAAAGACUUUGGUCCUUUCCAUCUUACAUGCUACUCUGCCUGGCACCUUUGCGCUGCUAAUCUCAUUCUUUGCACUUCUGCACUGUUGGCUGAACGCCUUUGCUGAGAUGCUUCGCUUUGGAGAUCGCAUGUUUUAUAAGGACUGGUGGAAUUCCACAUCCUUCUCUAACUACUACCGCACAUGGAAUGUGGUCAUACAUGACUGGUUGUAUUAUUAUAUGUACCAGGAUCUGCUAUGGCUGUUCAGGAAGCGUUAUCGCACAGGAGUGAUGAUGGUCGUAUUCCUCCUUUCUGCCGCUGUACAUGAAUAUGCUUUAACAUUGUCUCUUGGUUACUUUUACCCAGCCAUGUUCUGCCUUUUUGCUAUUUUUGGAGUAUUAUUAAAUUUUUUGAUUAAUGAUAAACGGACCAGUCCAGUGUGGAAUGUGAUGCUUUGGGCCUUCCUCUUCAUUGGUCAGGGAAUCCAGCUAUGCUUAUACUGUCAGGAGUGGUACGCUCAGAUCCACUGCCCCCUCACAGAGAAAACAUUCUGGGGUUUGGUCACCCCGCGCUCAUGGUCAUGUCAUUUGUGAUUGGAAGAAUUGAAGACGCUGCUAAGAAUGAUCUUACAUGCACUAUUGGGGGGAAUUAUCAAAACCUAUGCAGAGGAAAAUAUGUGCAGUUGCUGAAGGAUACAAGGGUCUUGAUAAAAUAAUACAGAUCUGUAAUCUUGUAUGAUAUAUCUUAAUUCUGCUUUUUGUAACCACAAGGCAUCAGUUACAGACCUUAAGGCACAUACAUCCUGUUAUUGUGCUCUGCUGACUUGUAACUAUUGUGCAAUUUUGUCUUUCCUCAUGAUAUAUAACUACGAAUUGGUAAAUAGUAAAACAGAGCGUACUUAGAGGGCAUCUUGUGUGCAUGUAUUUUUUUCCACACCUGACAAGACGCUCUCCUGGCCAGUACAAGCCUUAAGCCAAAUUGGACCUAGUACCAGGGGUACUGAAAAGACAGAGAACCAGUACCAGGGGUACUGAGUAGACAGAGAACCUUUCAGCUGGGGGCUCGUCCGGGAACGAGAGGGUCAUCCUCCAGACCGGUAAGAAUCAUAUCCUUGUGUGGUAUUGUUGAUCCGGGGGGCACUGGCCACAUCUCGAUUCCAGUCAGAGAACCAGUACCAGGGGUACUGAGUAGACAGAGAACCUUUCAGCUGGGGGCUCAGUCCGGGGUCGAGAGGGUCAUCCUCCGGACCGGUAAGAACCAUAUCCUUGUGUGGUAUUGUCGAUCCGGGGGGCACUGGCCACGUCUCGAUUCCAGUAAGUAUAACGGUUACUUUCAUAUCGUGUCUGGGACACAGUAUUACAGUAUUUUACUUCUGUUCAGGGAACAGGGGAAAUGAGGAACUAAGAGUAAUUUGACAAUCCAGGGUGGUUGUCAUGUUUCAAUUUGGCUUAACGCUUACAAAAACUUCUUGUAUUUCUGUUUAGUUCUGUUUAGUGUUUUACUUGUAACUUCCUUUUUUCCCUUAAGCUUAAGAAGACACGUGAGUAUACUAACCAUUGCUUUAAUGUAUAGAGUAAGGUGCAUAUAACUGUUAUAAUAAUAAUAAUAAUAAUAAUAAUAAUAGUAAUAAUCUGCUGGUUCUCAAAACAUCUGUAAGAUGCCCCACCCUCCCGGCUAGAGGAAACUUGUUGACCCGGGAUGUGGUGAAAGCAAGUGACAGUUUGUUCAGAGAUACCGUGCAUGCUCAGUGAUUGGUGCAAUUAAAUUAGAGACUCCCUACUCUGUUGAGAGGAAUUGUCGGAGCUUUCAGGGUUCAGUACAGCCAAAUCCAGAGAUUGAGGCUUUGCACCAAUUACUGAACAUGGGUUCCAAAUCAUCUAAGUCAUAUCCUCCUCCCCUUCCUGGUGAAACAUGUAAGGAUUAUGUGGCCCGAGUUAGCCCUACAGGAUGGGAUUUAGUGAAUCCGUGGGUAGAUGAUAUAGUUAUUUGGUGAGAAUUCAUGAAGGACUCCAGCCCAUUCCUAAGGGAGGGGGCCAAUGAUAAAUACCACCUGACCCCCACACUAACAACUACAUUUGUAAUCUCGAGAAGGGUAGAGAGCGUAUAUGGAGAGAAUUAGAAGAGGAACAUAACCAAGUUUUCAAACAAAAAUCCUCACUGCCCAUUGCUGUGGCAUGCAAACAAAAACUAGAUGAAACUGUUACUGAUUUUUGGAAAAGGUUCACAGCAUGUUGGCGUUAUGAUGCAGGGCUGUGUAAAUUGUUUAAUAGGAUAAGAGAUUGUUGUCAGAAAUAGAGACUCAAAGUUUUGGUGGAGAAGCAGGUGAUUUGUGAAGGAGAAAGCAUGUGAAGCAGUGUGAGGAAUGUAGGAUGAGCAGAGCUGAAACUGCUGGAAUAAAUGAAGUGAAGAUGAGUGUUCAGUGCUAUGGAAUGGAGUGAUAUGGUAAAUCGCUUGGAAAGCCCUGUGUAUGUAGUCAUAUGAUGGCGUUUAUAGGAUGGUUCUUAUGAUAUAAAGUAUGUUGUAUAUGUGUGAGGUGUGUUAAUAAAUCAGGAGUGUAUGGAAUAUGGACAGUGAAUGUUUUCCCUGUGAAGCUGUUGUGUUGUAAUGAAAAUGGUGUUAAAAGAAAAAUAUAUUCACGUGGUAUUACAUUGAACUAUUUGAUGAUAUUUCAUUAAUUUCUUGCCUUCACAGUAACACAGGGUUGAUGCCAAAGAAAAAAUGAAAUGUAUCAGGAAAUGCGAUUAAUUGUAUGAUUAUAAUACAGGAGUGAUAAUGGACGUUUCAUGGUGACUGACCAGAACUGCGGAAAGACAAGAAGCCAGACUCAAAGGGGCGGUGACUGGGGACAUAGAGGUUUGGGAGGAGUAAGGCGGGGUUUACAGGGAGCAUGACAGCCUCUUCUUCUUCUUCGGAUCUGGAGUAAUUUUGUUUUUCAGGGGAUAUAUAUGAAUGUGCAUGUGUAUAUAUAUAUAUAUAUAUAUAUAUAUAUAUAUAUAUAUAUAUGCGUAUAUAUAUGUCUACUGUUUGAAAUUGAGUACGUUCAUAGUACCUGUAUAUACAAUGCCCGGAGGGUGACCAUUUAACCUUCCAUUCCUUUCGCAUCAUACCUGAAUGUCCUGUAAACCUCCUGGGAAGAGACCUCACAUGUAAACUCAAAUUACAUAUCACUGCAUCCCCGUCCAGGUUACAUGUCACGUCUGACCUCACACCCAUAGUCACACCUGCAGGGUACUGUCCUGCUGGACAUUAUCCUGUUAUGUCCCAGGCCCAGGUCCCACCUGAGGUAGGCCCCAUUGUCUGGUCACAUGGAGACCAUGAUGUAGGACAUAUUGACUGUACACCAUACAAGGCAAGACUCAAACCAGACAUUCUCCCGGUCUAACAAAAACAGUACCCCUUGUCACGGGAAAAAAAUCAAAGGUAUCCGCCCUAUGAUCAAACAUUUCCUACAAACUUGAGUUUUAGAACAUACUGUCUCCAAACCCAAUGGUACUGUCUGUUUUGUACAAGACCUGAGAGCCAUCAACAGACUAAUUGUGCCUAUUGCCCCUAUAGUUCCUGAUGUCACCCAACUGUUGUCAUCAAUCCCAGCACAGGCAACUCAUUUUUCUGUCCUCGAUCUGAAGAAUGCUUUCUUCUUGAUCCCAGUGGACAAAGAGACCAGACUCCUUUUUGCUUUUUCCUUUGAGGGACUACAGUCAACCUGGUGUAGAAUGCCCCAGGGGUAUGCUGAUUCACCAGUUGUGUUCAGCAUUGUCCUCCAAGCCUUUUUUAAAUCAUGGCACGCCCCCCAGGGUUCUGUUCUCCUCCAAUAUGUUGAUGAUUUGUUACUGUGUAGUUUCUCUGAGGAGGCCUGCCUUGAGGAUGGUGUUGUGAACAGGUUGAAUAUCUGGGUUUUGUUCUGCCAAAAGGGAAAAGGGAGUUGAGCACGUCUAGAGUUCAGUCUGUAGCGGGCCUGGUCACCCCGCACGCCCAGAAGGAAAUGCAAUCUUUCUUGGGUAUGAUUAACUACUGCAGACAGUGGAUUCCCGACUGCUCAUAGAGAUGCAACCCUAUCAGGCAACCCAGAUCUAAUCAAAUGGUCCUCAUAAAUGUACAAAGCUUUUAAUGACAAGUCCACGGCUAGGCCUCCCAGAUUACAAUUUGCCUUUGCACAUGUAUGCACGAGACAAUUGUAAAACCAUGGCGGGUGUGCUGACACAGUUUCAUGGAGGUAAACUACGUCCUUGUGCCCUUUUUCUCCAAAGGUGAUGCCCGUCUCCAUACAGGGGAUGCCGGCAUGUCUGCGAGCUCUUGCUGCCUGUGCUGUGAUUGUUGAACAAGCUACCAUCCUCACUUUAGGACAUGACACUACCUUGUACACUUCUCAUGAUGUUAUCUCUCUCCUUAAAGGCCUACAUACACAACACAUGUAAACACAACGGCUCUCUGGAUAUGAGGCAAUUCUCCUCAGUAAUCCAUCCUUGAAAAUGGUGUAUGCCUUCCCUACAUCUGGCCCUGCGCACUAGUUGGCCUGAAAAUUAUGAUGUGAUGCCGAAUAUACAUGACUGCUUGCAAGUCAUCCACACUGACGCCUCACCCAGACCCGACCUCUCUUCAGUGCCCAUACCUGAUGCUCCAGAAGUCUUUGUAGAUGGGUCAUGCACCCGCCCCAAUGACAAUGUUUACCAUGCCAGUUAUGCUAUUGUCCAAUUACCUGACAUUGUCCUCAAGGCCCAGUCCAUCCCCUAUAAGUCCGCACAAGCUGCAGAACUCAUCGCCCUCACAAGAGCCUGUACACUUUUUGCUAAUAAACAAGACACAAAAACUUCUCUCUCUCCAGUCCUCUGUUCCCAAAAAAAGAGGAAUAUGAUUGGUGUUAUCCGGUAUUGCAGACAAAUCCUGUAACAGGAUUGAUCUGCAAAGAGGGGACACCAUGCAUACCCCAACACAGUGCCCCAGUUUCAUUGCUCAUUUCCACGGAGUAGGCCACAGGGAGCACCUUUGAGAAGUGGAAACAAGUCCUUCCCAUCAUACUCUCAGAAAUUAGAAUGACCCCCCAUAGGCCUUUCCCGACUCCAUGGGCCCAACAAACAUUUAUAACAAAAGAAGGGGACCUCGACCAGAUAAGGGAACAAUAUGUCACAGACCUUAUCCAAACCCUUGAUAAAGUAGAACAAAAAGUUGUCUGUAAUUCUCCUUCUCUCCCACAGGAACCAACACACCAGUUCCAGGAAGACGACACUGUCCUGGUUAAGACUCUGUCAAAAGGAAAGAAGCCCAGAGACUUCACCUUUGGACCCCCAACCACAGUUGUUGCCGUGACGAGGACGGCGGUCCUCAAAGAAGACAGCCCUUCUUGGAUCCACGCCUCUCGGAUCAAACUCGUCCAACAUCACCCAAAGGAGGUAGUAAUGGGGGCAGACAGCCCUGACCUUGAAAGCCUACCGAAAGAUGUACCCGCUGAUGCCCUGGCCUUGUUCUGGCAGAUGGUCGAAGAAACUAAUUCUCAUGAUGUUUGCAUUAAUGACUUUAUUGACUUUGAUUCACCCCACGGUGACUCUGCAGAAUGAAUUAGAGAGACACCCAAACAAUAAGUUCCUGAAACACCAUAUCAUGUUAGCACAAAACCUCACUGCGAAGGAUUGUUGGAUAUGCACCCAUGCCCCUGUGUCUGCCCAAAGCAUGCCUUACUUUGCUAUCCCUGUGCACUCAUAUCAAUUAUUUAAGGGAGACUGUUUUGACAUGCUUGCUGACAAUGAGGCUUGAUAUGCAAAGAACUGGAACACCUCAGUGGGAAUUCCUAUAGUAGGAUGGGUGGGGCAGCCAUGGUGGCAGGGAAACUUAAGCAGCCCAGGCCCAGGACCACACCAAAUGUUGGUUCCUGGGUAACUCGAGUGGUCACACAUAUACUAGACCUAGGAGCGAUCCCCACAGAAGGAAUAAAAGUUAGCUUUAACAGGACAUCCGCAAGUACUGAUCUUCUUAAAUCCAGCCAGAUAGAAAGGUACUUAUAUGACCCAAGGUGGCCAAAUAACACCCUCUUUCCUCAGGCUACUCAAGACGUAGACUGCUAUAAUAUAACAGGACACCAACCAUGCAAUGACACGUUAGAAUACCAACUUACUGAACCAACAUGUAAUAACCCAGAUGUGGGCUACUGCGGUAGAUUAGGACAGAUACCUUUCUGGUGUUACUUAAAAAAAAUGCCUAAAGACUUAUUGCAUAGGUCCUACUUGUUGCCAUUACAUAGACACUUCAGGAACAAUUCAGAUGCGCCACCAGCUUGAGAACAUACAAAAAUUGAGGGACAAAUAUGCCAAAGACAAUGAAAUCAACAGGGAUAAGUGGUGGGGGGAUACCUUUUCAAUAUUGAAUCCCGCUACCUGGCUCAAGGGCAUAGGAGGAUGGAUAGGGGGCUUUCUGCAGCUCAUAAUACACAUUACUGUCAUUGCCCUCAUAGUAUAUGUGUCAAUAAAACUUAUUUUCUUAUGUAUGAAACGCUGCAAGCAGAGAUCUGCUGCAGUACUAAAAUCCUCCUUUCCACCUCAUCAGACACCCAAGUCCCUCUAUUUCACCGCCACUCGGCAGAAGGCUAUACUGCCUAUAUAAAGACUUUUCAAAAGAAAAUAGAAAACAAGAAAACCAAGUUGUCUAAAGUGACAACUGGUUUUAAGAGGGGAUUGAAGGAUACAAGGGUCUUGAUAAAAUAAUACAGAUCUGUAAUCUUGUAUGAUAUAUCUUAAUUCUGCUUUUUGUAACCACAAGGCAUCAGUUAUAGACCUUAAGGCACAUACAUCCUGUUAUUGUGCUCUGCUGACUUGUAACUAUUGUGCAAUUUUGUCUUUCCUCAUGAUAUAUAACUACGAGUUGGUAAAUAGUAAAACAGAGCGUACUUAGAGGGCAUCUUGUGUGCAUGUAUUUUUUCCACACCUGACAAGACGCUCUCCUGGCCAGUACAAGCCUUAAGCCAAAUUGGACCUAGUACCAGGGGUACUGAAAAGACAGAGAACCAGUACCAGGGGUACUGAGUAGACAGAGAACCUUUCAGUUGCCUAUAGCAACCAAUCAGAUUGCUUCUUUUAUGUUUCAGAGGCCUUUGUAAAAAUGAACCCCUUAAAGCGCAACUGUCACAAAUGUGUAUCUCUAUACUCUAAUCCCAGGGUGACAAAGCUGUUAAUUAAAAUUCAGGCAUACCUUUUGCUGCUUUUUAGCAAAAAAUUUUAUUUAAAAAAUAGGAAAAGGGAGGUGAUUCAACCAUUUAUUAGGGAAAUUGUCAAUUUACAUUUAUUAACUUUUUGUAACCUUCUUUUUACAAUUUUUUAGCCCCCAUAUGGAACUAUUACAUGCAAUCUUCAGAUUGCAUACACUGUUGAAUGCUAUGCCAUUGCACAGCAUUGAUCAGUGUUAUCUGCACUCAAUUGCUCUGGCCUGCCAUGGCUUACUGGAGCAUUGUAGCGCUGAUCGGACAGUGAGGAGCCAAGUAAAGGACCCCCCCCCAAAACCGUCCUUUAACUCCUUAAGGAACUGGGGUUUUUCCUUUUUUGCAUUUUCGUUUUUUCCUCCUUACCUUCAAAAAAUCAUAACUCUUUAAAUUUUGCACCUAAAAAUCCAUAUGAUGGCUUUUUUUUUUUUGCGCCACCAAUUUUACUUUUUAAAUGUAUACGUUUAAAAUUGUCAUCUUCUGACCCCUAUCACUUUUUAAUUUUUCCGCAUAUGGGGUGGAGUGAGGGUUCAUUUUUUGCACCGUGAUCUGAAAUUUUUUGCGGUACCAUGUUUGUAUUGAUAGGACUUAUUGAUUGCAUUUUAUUCAU